UUGGAACGGUUGGGUUUUCUACUGCUGGAGCUGGUAAUCCUGCAAUUUGAAUUAUUUACUUUCGUCGAGUAGCGCUCACCUGCUCAAAAAUUUCAAUAAAGUAGUAAUUUCCACAAAAAAAAUUACAGUUUUACAGUAGUGUUGUAUUUUAUUGGACUGAAUAAAAUGUGCCAGAUAAAGAAAGCAUCGUCUGUUCUACAAAAACUUUUUGUGUACGGAGCUCUCAAAUACGGACAACCCAGUAAUUCGAUUUUGGCCAGCUCUGGCAAUGGAUACGCCAAGUUCUGGUGCCGUGCGACGACCACGGAGAAGCUGCCGCUGGUCAUUGCCACGCGCUAUAACAUUCCAUUCUUGUUAAAUAAGCCUGGAAUCGGCUAUUAUGUGACCGGCGAGAUCUAUGAAGUGGACGAUCGUAUGCUUAACUCUCUGGAUAACCUUGAGGACUGUCAGGAUAUAUAUACUCGCGAGAAGCUUGAUAUGAACAUUGGUGUGGGCGAGGGAACCGUACCCUGUUGGGUAUAUUUGCUGCAGAAGUAUCCGGAGAAGCUGCUCUCCUUGCCCUAUUUGUCAGGCUAUGAGAACAGCACCACACAUCCCUAUAUUAUGAGACACCGUCGCACGCACAAGCAUCCUGCCCAGGAUGAUCUUACUUAUACCGCCCAGAACUAAAUGACCAAAUACGUGGACGUGAAUGUGCUCUGAAGGCAGUGUUGGCAAUUAAUAUUUUUACCGGUUAUUGCAUUUGUAGAACGUAUGAGGAUAUAUGUAUGUACCUAUACACACAUACAAUCAAUCAUACGUAGUAGGUACACGUUUUCCAGAUGUGAUUGGAAUAGCACACUGAUAUAUAUACUAUAUACAGAUAUCUAUAGAUAUUGAUUUACAGCUCUAUGCAUAUGGUAGCUUUUAGUGAUUUGUCUGAACUUAGCUCAUAACUAUAUACGUACAAUAUGUAAUCUUUUCGAGAUGGAAAUAAAAUUCAAGCAAUUUGGAAGUAAACGAA